AUGACGGGGAUUAGGACCGUAAUUCUUGUUUCACUAGCUGGAUCAGUUUCUUUCACAUUCUUACUCUUAGCUUGCGCGCUACCGCAAUACAAUGUUUGGUGGCCACUAUUCAUGCUGAUAUUUUACAUAAUAGCACCAAUUCCAUUGUUGGUUGCUAAAAAUUUCCAGGAAAGCCCUUCGUUGGGGGAUGUGAAUGUUUUCCUGACCACAAUCAUAAUAGUAUCAGCAUAUGCACUACCUAUAUUGUUUGCUCGAGCACCUAAAAAAAAUCCUCUCAUAUUAUGGGGUGCUUGUGGACUUACGUUAUCAGCAAAUACACUUAUGUUUGCAACCAUCUUUUUCCUAGUUUAUUUGGUAGUCAAGUCUGAUGAUUUCGACAGUGGAUUUUGA